AGAGCGCCGGAAGCCUGGAGCCCCACUCCCGGUGACGGAAAAGGAAAAUCAGCAGCUCGUCAUAUGAAAAGCCCUCGCUCCUAUUCUGAGCUCCCCGGAACGCAAAUGAAUCUCCAGAAUGCUGUCCUGCAAGGCCAUGGCCUUUCUGCCGGUGGUGCAUGCAGCCACCAUGCUGGCUUCCCAGACGGAAGCCUACAUUCCCAUCUUCACCUACGGCGAAGUCCAGAGGAUGCAGGAAAAGGAGCGGUACGAAGGGCAAAAGAAAUCCCUGAGUGUACAGCAGCGGUCCGAGGAGGUGGGCCCUCUGGACUCCACAGAACCCUCGGAGGAAGAAGUAAAGGAAGUUACCAAGCUGACUGCUCCCGUGGAAAUUGGCAUGAGGAUGAACUCCAGGCAGCUGGAAAAGGACCGGGCCACCCUGAAAGGUCUGAUGCCUGAGGCGCUGCUGUCCAGCCAGAACGAACCUGAAGCUGCCUUCUACCGCAAGCUCCCACACGCCACCCCAUCUCCGGGGGGAGCCUAA